AUGGGAAGACGACUUAACUUAACGAGUGAUGUGUAUGGGAUCGAAGAAAGAGUCGAAGAAUAUAUUCGAGGUAUUUCGAAAUCAAAUGGCCAAGCAUCUGGAGAAAACAAGGCAACUUGCCCGCAGAGCGCGUCAGUAAAUCAACUUUCGGAAGAACCUCAAACGUUAUCGCAAGUGCCAACACCGGAAGCUAAUACCUCUACAUUACAGCAAGAAGAAAUUCAAGAGAUUCCGUCGCCUACAAGCAAUGUGAACAGUACCGUAGAAACAAAAAAUGAUCCAAUUACUUUUGACUCCUGGAUAGAUAAGAAACUAAAGUAA